GUUGAAAGCCACAGUCGGAAAGAAAAAAGGAAGGGAACUUCGUGUGUCUGUACUUGAUUUACUCUUAACACAGGGACUGAAAGCUCAGGAAAAUGUGUAAAGGAUUAGCAGCUUUGCCCCAAACCUGCCUGGAGAGGGCCAAAGAGAUCAAGUCUAAAUUGGGAGUGUUGCUGCAGAAGCCCGAGAAUGCCAUUGACCUGAUCAUCCCCUACCCUGAGAAAACUGAGAAGAAGCCAGAGAAGCAGCAGAAGCCUAGUUCAGAGGACGCUGCUCAAUGGCGUGAGUCACUGGACCGAGUCCUGUCCAACAACUAUGGCCUUGCUACCUUCCGUAGCUUCCUGCAGUCCGAGUUCAGCGAGGAGAACAUCGAGUUCUGGAUGGCCUGUGAGGACUUCAAGAAGACCAAGAACCCAGUGAAGAUGGCGGCCAAGGCCAAGAAGAUCUAUGAAGAUUUCAUCCAGACCGACGGACCCAGAGAGGUGAACAUUGACCACUUCACCAAGGAUAAGACUCUGAGGAACCUGGUGGAGCUGUCCCCAAUGACCUUUGACCUGGCCCAGAAGAGGAUCUAUGCCCUGAUGGAGAAAGACUCCUUCGGACGCUUCCUCCGAUCAGAGCAGUUCCAGGAGCUCCUGGUCAAUUAAGCGAGCCCAAAUGAGAGAAGCCAUUUCAAUCAGCAAUUAGUACGAUAAUUCAGAACCCGCAAGAAACCCUUAAAAGUUAAGUGUUAAGCUAAAUCAGAACUAGGUCAUUUGGUUCACUUUGAUAAAAUUGCUUUUUUCAAAUACGCCCAAACCCCAACCUCCACUCCAAAAAGACACCUUUUAUGCACGCAACAUCCACGGUACAGAGUAAUUUAUAAAGAUGACAGUCUUUCAUUUUUGACUUUGGUGCUCAUCCACCCUCAUGGAUAAGCACGGAAGUUUAAUUUCAUAACAUCUGCAUAUUAUGCAAAUUUUGGGUUUAGGAAAUUUUGUCCAUAAGGGCUGAUCUUGAACUGAUGAUGUAACAGGCGGUGAGGCUGGAAAAUUGUGACGAGAGGUCACUUUCUGAGAACGGCCUCAUUUUAAACUAAAUUAAACCUCAUUUAUUAUCAGCAGAACUGACAGAUCUGUAUUGACUAGAACAACUUCAGCUAAUAAAUGUACCCUUCACCAAAAUACGGGAUAUAUGAAAGACCUUUUUGCAAUUUGUCCUAUGGAAGGUUGAAUCUGUGUAACAGUUAACUUGGUUAUAUUAAAGCUCAGUCAGUUAAAGAAGUAUAAUAUUACCGUUUUGUCUCGACCAGGGAUUGGGUUUUUUUUAGUGUGUCAUAGCUUUCCAAAAAAAAGGGAAGGGACACAAAAGAGAAGAAUCAUUUGACCCUUUAUAUGACUCUCCAUGGCCGACGCCGAGUGAUUCAUCCUCGAAGGCCAUCCAAAUUUCUGUCUGGGAAAAGAAAAUAGCUGGAAAAUUAUGCUGAAUCUUAACCGCUAAGAGAGUCAAACAGUCAGCUCUUCUUCUCAAGAAACAAUUGGGGGAGCGGGGGGGGGGGGGUAUAUGUGCCUUGAGACAUUUCCAACAAGGCCCAGAUUAUUUUGUUUUCUCAAGAACCGUGUGCAUUGGUCAGCCUGUCACCGUAUAUCAGCAUCCCGAGUCAGAAUGAUCAGACUAUAGUCCCCCUCUCUCUCUCCCUCUCUCCCGCUCGCUCUCUCUGUAUGUCUCUCCCUGUGUCUAUAUGUCUCUCUCUCUCUGUAUGUCUCUCCCUCUGUCUAUAUGUCUCUCUCUCUCUGUAUGUCUCUCCCUGCGUCUAUAUGUCUCUCUCUCUCUGUAUGUCUCUGUCUGUGUCUAUAUGUCUCUCUCUCUCUGUCUAUAUGUCUCUCUCUCUGGCUGUAUGUCUCUCUCUCUCCCUCUCUCUCUCUCUCUCUCUCUGUAUGUCUCUGUCUGUGUCUAUCUCUCUGCGUCUAUGUCUUUCUCUCUCUCUGUCUGCAUCUAUAUGUCUCUCUCUCUGUCUGCAUCUAUAUGUCUCUCUCUCUCUCUCUGUCUAUAUGUCUCUCUCUCUCUCUCUCUCUCUCUCUCUCUCUCUCUCUCUCUCUCUCUCUCUCUGUAUGUCUCUUGCUCUGUCUCUGUCUGUCCGUCUCUGUCGGUCGGUCUGUCUGUCUCUCUUUCUGUCUCUCUGUCUGUCUCUCUUUCUGUCUCUCUUUCUGUCUCGCUCUCUCUCACACACAAAACACAGAAACACACUCGUAUGAGCACAGUCGGUGAGUUAGGAUUUGGAUCAAGGCCCACUUUGAUUCUAAUGUAUUCUAUGAGAGCUGUCCUUGGGAAAAGUAUUGUGUUGGCUCGGUGGUUAGCCUCCCUGGCUACCGCUACAUUGCAAGUUGUAGAGAUGGCGAAAAUCAAUAAAGAGAGAAUCUCAAAAGAAAAAAAGAAAAAAAAGUGCAGUACAGAGAAAGAUAUGUCAUCCCAUCUAGCUUCCAUAAGUCGUCCCAUGUUCCCUGAUGCAGUGUUAUUGUGCAGGACAAUAUAGAAGGGUGAGAAUGUGACGAUGCAAGACCCAAUCUCAGCGUUGUGAUUCUGUUUUCAACACCGUUUUCUGAGCGGACGGCACGGAGAAACCACUUAAACUUUCCAUCCUCCGUGAAACAUUCCUGAGGGUCUUUGCCAUGAAAGGGAAAACGUAAGGAAAUGGGAGCCAUCUAUAAGCCACCCACGUAUAAACAUAGUCACACUUGAGCCUCAUAAAUAGAGGUAAAAGUUAAUAGAAAGGACACUAAUCACACAAAUACGAAUGGGGGCGUCUACACAGUUCGCCACUAUGCUUUUCAGAGUGACGUCACUGAGCCUUAUCGUUCCACAGACAUGUAACCCGGCACCAAAUACUGUAAGCGAGCUGAGACAAAAGAUGAACUCGAGGAUGGAAAAGGUGUCAUGCUCACUGUUAAAGAAUCAGUAAUGUACUCUCACAGUCCUAUGUAGCGAUCAUGAAGUGUCACUAUAUCUAUUCCUGCAUGCUUUUUUAAAAAAAAAUAUUUACCGAGAGCAUCUGUCAUAUUAAUCACAAGAAUGUUCUAGAUACUCAGCAUUUUUUAUAAGUCCUUGUUGACAACGUAGUACCAAGGCUAAGAGCCAUACAAUUUGGAUUGAUUUUUUUUCUAAAUAUGUAUUGUAUGUUUUAUAGUGUUACACAAUAAUUAGAAUUCCACACUCUGAAUGACAGCCCACACAUCUGAAUCUAUGAAUUGGUCACAGGAGAAGAAAUGUCCCUUUAAAUGGCAUGAAUGAAGGUUUGCUGUGACACAGAUUGGCCAGUCUAGUGUCCUAACCUAAAAUGUCGAGCAAACACAACAAAAAUACCCACAACCAAACUAAAGAAAUGGAGGGGGAAAAAACAAAACAAAACAAAGACUUAAUUCAAUGCUGGGUACUGAUAAUUUGAUAUAGCUAUUUGCAUGUACAUUCUGUAGUCAACCUCAUAAAAAAAAAACAUAAAUGCAUUCAAUUUCUGAA